UAGAAAUGCGGGAAAUGCGCGCCAUGUUGGUGUGUGCCACAUUUCAAGUGGGUAUCGGUUAUGAUCAAAUGAGGAUAGGAUAAAAUAAAACCAGUGACCAAAACGAUCUUUUUGUCAAAGUUUGUGACGGAAAAUGCCACGAAAACGAAAAUUGUUAAAUUUAAGUGAAAGAUGUAGACUUUGCUUGACAGAAAAUGGUGAAAUGAGAGAUUUGUUCACGGAAGCGUACUGCGUGAAAUUGAAGGAUUUGUCGCAUUGCACUUCUAUAGAAAUAAAAAGCGAGCAGAAUCUACCGAAAAAUGUUUGCCACGCCUGUGUGUAUAAACUGGAAAUGUGGAACGAAUUUAAAGAACGAUUUACCAGAUCAAAUCGUUUGUUGCUAACACGUUUGGAAGUUGCGGAGACUACCGAAUAUUCUGCAAUGCACCAAAAGAGAAAGUAUUGUGAUGUACAAGAAAGUAGUGACGGGAAUAUUUUGAGUGACACUAAGAAGAAAAGUAAAUUUGACGAGACAUCCACACAAUGCGCAAGUCCAAUCUUUGAAGAACAGAAUAAUAAAGAAAAGGUUCUCAGCCCAACUCUGAAGAGCUCGUCUCAAAAGAUAAUUAAUUUCACUGACAUUCCUAAUGCAGAAAUAGAAAUCAAGGAUAAUUUAAACUUCCGCUCGAGAAUCUCCAACUGUCCUAAAUUUCGACAGAGUGCAAGGCGUGGAAGAACGACUGAAAGGCGAAAGGCGUACACGCGUCGCUGGGUAGCCCGCAAAAAAGCUUUGAUAGCCGCUUCAGGUAACAAUUCUGACACUGAUUCGGGUGCAUCUGAAAAUCAACUCUCUCCAGUCCAAAAAGCUCGAGCGAAGUCCAAUGCCGAAAAGGAAGAAGAAAAGCAGAAGAAAAUCGCCAGAGCUUUAAAGAAUCUGGAAACCAAUAUGAAUGAUUUCAAGCGAGGAUCUGACUCCGAUGCGAGGCGCAACCUUCGCUCUCGAAAGUUGAACGCCGAACGAAUAAGGGAACAAAAACGUAAAUCACUGAUAAAAUCAAAGGAUAAAGUCAAAAUUAAGACCAAGGGGAAAGAAAUGGAAAAGGAGAAUUUUUCAAGUCAGCCUCAGACCGUUAAAUCUGAGUUAAGAAUUGGGUACGCCACAUACAUUGUAACAUCUACUCUUGUUAUUUCGGAACCUGCGUACCUCAAUAAAGGUCCGAAUGACUCUUCAAACCCAGAAAAGAAUGAAAACACGGACAUUAUUGAUGCAGUGCAACUCAAGAGAGUCACGCCCGUUUCUAAUGCCACCGCAGAUAAAAGACUACUCGAGAGAUGUCUGAAUAUAGAAGUAGAGGGAACUGAACUUGAAACUUUACAACGCGUUCAGGUCGACUUGGCAAGCUUUGUGGAGAAGGACAUGAAGGAGAAACUCUUCUCAGAGAAUGGGAUCUUGGAAGAGUUAAAGGCAAAGACGAAGGAUUCUUACGAUAGCCUGGACCAGCAGCUGAAAACAAUUGUAGUAAAGGCGAUUAAAAAGAAUUAUGAGACAUCUUCGAAAAGUGAUAAUCCAGAGCUGAACGAAGAUGUUAGAAAGAGUAAAACUAUAUCUCCGGAGUUUGUCCAAGCCGCAAUGCACUCCGCUGUCUUUCAGCCAAAGUUAAUUCUGACAAGACUUGAUUUUUCCAAAGUUCCUUACAAGAUUAAUAAUGUAGAUAUUCUGCAAAGAAAACCCGCAAUUCUAGGAAGUGUCAGUAAAAAAAUAACAUCCAUAGAGUAUGAAGAAGAAAAUAGUUUGAGUGAUAAUGAUGAACGUUUACAGAUAGCCAGUUUGGAGCAUGUGAAACCUAAGAAAAUGCUAAAGCAGCAGGUCGAGAGUGUCGAGUGCGAUACAACCACGGCGCACCAGGAUCUACAAAAUGUGGAUCAAAAUCAUCUGAAUGAAAAUGCAGAGAUUUCAGAAGAACAAGAGGUUUGGAGAAAUAUGCAGAAUUGCCAGAUCCAGGAGAAGAAGAAUAUAAAACACAGAUGCGGGAUUUGCAACCGCAUAUUCAUAAAAAAAGCGGAAGCAGAGGAGCACAUCAAACAACACCACGAAGCUACGCAGAAAGCACGCCAGAAAAUGAUGCGAUGUAAAAGGUGCCACGGAAUUGUUGCUGCGAUGUACGUCAAGUUACACGUUUGCUCACAGCAGUUCAAGUGCGACUAUUGUGGAAUGAGUUACUUCACGGAGAAAGCAUAUAUUAAUCAUGUAGCAAACCACGGUGAUUCUCGAAUCCCUUUAAUUCCGCAGGAACACAAGUGCACCAUCUGUGAUAAGCAAUUCAUUUUGGAAAAAGAACUUGUCGUUCAUCUCUCUACUCAUGACGACUCGAAGUCCCCUCUAAGGUGUAAUGUCUGCAACACAGAUUUUAUCUCGGAAGAAGUUCUUGUAAAUCACCUACAAACACACGAUAAAUUAGACUUCGAGAGACCUCUAAGAUCGAAAAAGAAGAAACAAGAUCGAAUUGAACAGACUCUUGAUUUCGAGAGGAAAGUAGCGAUGCUCAAAUCGGAAAAAAAAAACCAAGUCGAAGGGCCUAACAAGAUGUAUUUGCAAGAGAAACACGAGGGCUACACCUGCUUCGUUUGUGACAAGGAAUUUAACGACGAGGAAGUCAUGAAAGAUCACUUGCAAAAACACUGCGAUGAUAUGAGUGAGGACGAGCGUAAUUCAAAGGAGCAUUAUCAAUGUGCCAUCUGUGGUGAAUCCUUUGAAUCUGAAGAUGCAUUGGGUGCUCACGUAGAGAAUCAUUUGUUCGACGAUGAGGAUGACAAUCCAAACCUUAUCAAUAUAACCGAUAAUGGAAAGCCGAAGGAGGUUAAAUACUACUGUGACCAAUGUCCACAGGUAUUCUCCUCGAAGUCAAUUCUCGCCAUGCAUAAGGAGGCACACGAUGAAGAUAUUGCAAUUGCAGAGUGGGAAAGACAAAGGGAUCUAAUGCACAAUCACUCUUGCACUAUUUGCGACGAAAUUUUUCCAAGCGAAGAAGAUCUUGCCGAACACCUGGACGUUCAUAACGGAAACGCGCACGUUUGUCUUCUGUGCGAAAAAUCUUUUUCUACUCUAUCCGAUUUGCAAGCACAUGUAGAGUCUCACUGAUACAGUGUUACAAGAAAGAAUUGCUGUGGUUAAUGAAAUGAAACCAAAUUAGGAAAUUUUGUUUAUCUUCUGGCGGAUUUCUUCCUUUUGUUUCAAAGAACACAGAAGUUAAACUUUUAAUAAUUGAGAAACAUUAAAAGGAGGUAUCGGCUGUGAACUAUACAUGUCUGGAACCUUUUUGCUUCAUUUUGAUUUUCAUAUUUUUAGAAAAGGGAUGCAAAGCUUUGGUCACACGAGUGUCCCGUCAUCGAUCACAACAUUUGAAAAUUUUAUGCUGCGAUAUUUAUAUCGCAUUACUUUUGUCAUUCCGGUUUUAAAUUUUUUGGCUGAGAAUAUCACUAAAUUACUUUUCUCAAAACUGUAUACUAAGAACAUUAAAUACCAAAAGAAUAAGUGAAAGCUCUGGUACAAGAUUAGUACUUACCUUGUCUAAAUAUAAAUUUGUUCCAGACGUAACGAAACGAUAGUCGUUGCUCCAAUUAAACCGUAAGACCCUUGCAAAAGAUUUAGACAUUUUUCUUUCUCUUGUUUCCACCCCUUUUUUGUGGACAAUCUUAUGAAGGUUCUAAUAAUGUUAAAAUUCGUUGUGGAAACGCACACCAUACAAGAAGAUAAGUACAUUUUAAGACCAAAAACAAUUAACCAGGUUGCUUUUGAAAAAAAUCGUUUGUUUAUAAAAAGAAUAUGUAAAAACAAGAGAUUUUGUCAAUAAAACGAGGUGAAAUACGUUUAAAU